AAGCUUACUUUUCGGUCAAGGUCGUUUGAUAAAGCUUCAAAAUGGUAUUGAAACGGCUGUUCGUUUCGCUAAACUAUCGUUUAAAAGACGAUUCCAAUCUGCUGAGUUUAUUUAGUAAAUGGCGACGACAGCAUAAGUAUGCCGCUUACGCGGGGAACAAGCAGAAUCUUUAUGACAAGGCCUUCUCACGAGCAAAUAAUACACCUGAAGAGUUCUGGGCGGAGGCAGCCGAUGGUGUUGUAUGGAGUAGAAAGUGGAGCAAAGUGCUCGACAACUCAAAUGCCCCUUUCACAAAAUGGUUCAGCGGUGGGGAGAUAAGUACGUGUUACAAUGCUGUUGAUCGGCAUGUUGAAGCUGGCAAGGGAGACAAUCUGGCUAUAAUACAUGACAGCCCAGUUACAAAUACCAUAGAAAAAAUAACAUAUAAACAAUUACUAGAACAGGUGAGUGUAUUUGCGGGUGUAUUAAGGAAGCAUGGUGUUGGAAAGGGAGAUGUAGUGUUAAUAUAUAUGCCCAUGAUUCCACAAGCUGUGAUCGCCAUGUUGGCAUGUACGAGACUAGGUGCUAUACAUUCUCUUGUAUUUGGUGGUUUUGCUGCCAAGGAGCUCUCCACAAGAAUAACUCACGCGGAGCCUAAGGUGAUAGUGAGUGCUAACUGUGGAGUUGAACCUAACCGAAUUGUACCAUAUAAACCAAUGUUAACAGAAGCCUUAAAUAAUACACAAUUUAAACCAAAUAAAUGUAUAAUAUUUAAUAGACCUGGGUUGGAUAAAGCUCCAUUGAAUAAGAAUAUUGAUGCAUGUUGGGAAGAUGAAAUGGCUUCCACUAAUCCUGUUGAUUGUGUUCCAGUUUCUGCUACUGAUCCUGUUUAUAUACUAUAUACGUCUGGUACAACCGGACUACCAAAGGCUGUUGUACGACCUAAUGCAGGUCAUGCUGUUAUGUUAAACUGGUCAAUGAAAGCUGUAUUUGAUAUUAAUCCAGGAGAGGUAUGGUGGGCAGCAUCAGAUCUGGGAUGGGUUGUCGGACAUUCCUAUAUAGCUUAUGCUCCCUUAUUGAAUGGUUGUACUUCUAUUAUAUUUGAGGGUAAACCUGUAGGAACACCAGAUGCUGGAACAUUUUUUCGUGUUAUAAAAGAGCAUGGAGUACAUGGUAUGUUUACAGCACCAACAGCAUUACGAGCCAUCAGGGCUGCUAACUCUAGUCAAGAAUUUAAAAAUAAAUAUUUGCCAUUUACACAAUUUCGGUCAUUAUUUGUUGCGGGAGAACAUUGUGAUCAUGAAACAUUGGAUUGGGCCAAAGAGAAUUUUAAAACACCAGUCUUAGAUAACUGGUGGCAAACCGAAACUGGAAGUCCAAUAACAUCAACAUGUUUAGGUUUAGGAAUGGAAAAAUAUCCACCACCAGGUGUAGCAGGUAAACCUGUACCAGGAUGGAAUGUUGAAGUUUUAAGACCAGAUGGCAACCGUUGUGAUCCACAUGAACUUGGUCAAAUCGCAGUCAAACUGCCAUUACCACCAAGUUCUUUCUCUACUUUGUAUAAAAAUGAUGAACGAUUCCACGAUACCUACUUUAAAACAAUUCCUGGUUAUUAUGAUACAAUGGAUUCCGGGUUUAUAAAUGAGAAUGGUUAUAUAGCUGUAAUGGCUAGAACAGAUGAUAUUAUAAACGUAGCUGGUCAUAGAUUAUCAACAGGAGCUCUAGAAGAGGCCAUAUUAGAGAAUGAUGACAUAGCCGAGGCAGCUGUGAUUGGAGUUAAAGAUGCGUUAAAGGGUCAAGUACCUGUUGCUCUUUGUAUCGUUAAAAAAGGUGUAACUAAACCAGAAAGUCAGAUUAUAGAAGAAGUGAUAGCUGCUGUGAGAAAAAAUAUUGGACCAGUUGCUGCCUUUAAAAAAGCAGUAAUUGUUCCUGCUUUACCAAAAACUAGAUCAGGAAAAAUAGCACGAAAAACUAUUGCAUCUCUGGCUGUCGGAGAAGAGUUUACGAUUCCAGUUACAAUAGAAGAUGCAUCUGUUUAUCCUGCUAUUAAAAAAUCUUUACAGACAAUUGGACUGGCUCUCGAUUCCUAAACUAUACAGUUAUACACUACCGCCUGAACUCUUUUAUUAAAUUUAAAAGAAAAUGGUCCAUGCAUUGUGGAAUUCUUUUUGAUUUACUCGUCCAUCAGUCACAUGUGAUAAGCAAAAUUGUGCCUUAUCAGCAAUUGUUUUAUAUUUUACCGGGUUUUCUAAUGAAUUGUGUAGUAACUUAAUUAUUAUCUUCAUAUAUUGAUAGAUUUGUUAUUUUGGUAUUUUUUUUAAGUAGAAAAUAUUUGUAUUGUCAAAGCAUACAGGUGGUUAUAUAUGUUUUAUAUCCAGCUAAUACUUUUGAUAUUAUAAAACAAAAUGGAAAACAUUCAUAAGCAAAAUUGUGCCUUAUCAGCAAUUGUUUUAUAUUUUACCGGGUUUUCUAAUGAAUUGUGUAGUAACUUAAUUAUUAUCUUCAUAUAUUGAUAGAUUUGUUAUUUUGGUAUUUUUUUUAAGUAGAAAAUAUUUGUAUUGUCAAAGCGUACAGGUUGUUAUAUAUGUUUUAUAUCCAGCUAAUACUUUUGAUAUUAUAAAACAAAAUGGAAAACAUUCAUGUUUUUGUUUAUGAAAAUAUAUUAUGUAGUUAUUAGACUUUUUGAGAUGACUCCUAGUUUGACGGUCAACAGAAUAAGAGACAACAAAGGAAUGGACUUUGUCAAUGAAAAAGGAGAAAAGGUGCCUAUUGUUUUGAGUUGUGAAGAAAGCAAGCACUGCUAGAGUGUUUUGUAUUUUAUUUUAUGCCUUCUGAUUUAUAUUAGGAUUAUAUUUGUGCAAUAAUUUCUACAAAAUCUUUUUCUAUCCAAUACGGACAUAUUUAUAUAUUUUUCAUAUUGUCCGCUAUAUGAAACUGGCAGUAUAAUAUUAUAGUAGGCAUAAAACUCUAAUAUUGUCCAUGUCCAAGAUAUAUGUAACUAGCCUGGCUCCCGGAUCCACUCACUUGAAUUGAUUGUCCUUUUAUUGUUGGAGCUGCAGUGGCUCAGUGAGUAAAUCCCUGGCUUGCUAGCCUGGAGUUCUCGGGUUCACUCCUGGUGUUGGCCGAGAAUAAUUAUUUCUCUUACCUGAUAUUGCUCAAUUUCUUUAUCUAUUAAUGUACCUAUAUAUAUAUUUGAUAUAUUAAUUGUUUUCUAUUAAUGUAAGCUAUAUAUGAUCCGUAUAUUUGAUACAUUAUAUUAAUUGUUUUCUCUAUAUUUUUGAUAAAAUAAUAUUUUAUAUUCAUAUAUAAUGUUUGAAAGGGGAUUGUGGCUGGGACUGCUGUAUUUUUCAGGGUUUAAGUCGAUAUUUUUUUCAUUUUCAGCAGAAGUCGAGCCUUCUUCUGAUAUAUGGAUGAUGUUUCACUUUGACAUAUAUUUUUGGAUGGUUGUCAGAAAAACAGUAAAAUAUGACUUAUGUCCACUCCAACUUGUAGACCCUGUAAAACACAGUAUAUAGAUCCUCUUCUCAAUGUAAUUUAUGUACUCCCAUUAAUUUAUAGGGCAUAAUUCUAGUUUGUAUAUGGAGAUUAUGAAACUUUAAGAGUUUGUUUUUUUUCACAAUCACAGGAUAUUUCAUUGGGUUGUAUGGCAUUUUGCACCAUUGCGUCCAAAUUACUUUCUAUUGUGAACUCGUGGGUGUUGUUGAUAGAAAUUUUUGAAACCACACUUGUUUAUUCAGGUUGUUUUAAGGAGAUUAUAUAUGAAGCUAUACAUGCUUGAAAAUGUAGAUAAACAGAUUAUGUUUUUUUAUACAUCCAUAUUUAAGGUGUAGUAUACCAUUGUCAGCUUCCAGCGACUUCCCAUCAGAAUUUCUUAUAACCAAUCUACAGGAUGGUUUUUUGAGAUUUUUUUCAUAUUUUCAGGAUUUUGUCAAGUCCAAAUUCAGAAAUUUCUGAUGGCAUAUAGCAGAGUUUACCCCUAUUGACAAUGUUUUGUUUCUUGUGUGUGUUUUAGGGGACCUGACGUGUCCCCAUUUUUCUUCAUGUAUUGUUUUUGUUGAUUUUCAAAUAUUAACUAUACUUGUAUGUGUGACUUAAUGCAAUAUUUUAUAAUAAAUGAUUUACAUUGUAUUUAUAAUUCUCUUGUUACAAAUACAAUUCCUUACUCAAAAGUAUUACCGCCAAAUCAUAGCAGGUCAAGUACUAAUCAAUUUUAAAGUCGGAAGUAAUAUUUUCAAAAUGCUUGAAAUUUUUGUUCAACAAAAAGCUUUAUUAAAAUAUAUUAUAGAGUUAUUACCUUCAUUUAAUUGGCUUUGUUUGUGUAAUUAAAACUACAUUUAUUUUUGUAUUCCAAAUAAUCAAACUAAAUCCAAGUAAAUAA